CCAGGCACAGUGAUGUGAAAGUGGCAACGUGAGGUGAGCCCGGAGGAAAUUACUGGACUAAAAACAAGGCGCGAGCGAUGAGGGGAUUAUUUUAAAUAAUAAUAAUUAAAAAAAAACCUAAACUAAUAAAUGAAAGAUGACGUUUUAGGUGUUUGAAACAGAAGAGAGAAAAUAUGGUUGGUUUGUGCAUCACGCAGCCCUGAAAUCUCUUCCCUCUCUUCUUUUGGAUUGUGGAUUGGUGACAGCAUCCCGACCCAGGACUCAGGACCGGAACAGUCCUUUUUUUCUUUUCUUCUUCUUCUUCUUUUUUUUCCCUCUGGUGGAUUGAGGGUUGGGGGAGAAUCUUCCACUUUUCACCCCGGCAGAGCUCAUCAACCAGGAGCCAAGACGUUGUUCCGCGUAGAGCCGGCUUGCCCCAGUCCGAGCAGCGCAGUCCGUGCAGCAGGGAGGUCGGCACUCGGCGUCUCACGGGCCGGCAACAUGAUGGUCCUCUGCGCCGGCUGCGAGCGGCCCAUCCUGGACCGGUUCCUGCUCAACGUGCUGGACAGAGCCUGGCACGCCAAGUGCGUCCAGUGCUGCGAAUGCAACUGCAACCUGACCGAGAAGUGCUUCUCCCGGGACGGAAAGCUCUAUUGCAAAAUGGACUUUUUCAGGCGCUUUGGCACAAAAUGCGCGGGCUGUCUGCAGGGAAUCUCGCCGAACGACUUGGUGCGUAAAGCCCGCAGCAAGGUGUUCCACCUGAACUGCUUCACCUGCAUGGUGUGUAACAAGCAGCUGUCCACGGGAGAGGAGCUCUACGUGAUCGACGAAAACAAGUUCGUGUGCAAAGAAGAUUACCUGAGCUCCGGGGCCAUUAAGGAAGUCAACCUGAACUCAGUCUCGUCGUGCACAGAUAGGAGUUUAUCGCCGGAUCUCCAGGACCCGAUACAGGACGACAUAAAGGAGACGGACAAUUCCACGUCCUCAGAUAAGGAAACGAACAAUAUUGAGAACGAGGAGCAGAACUCGGGGGCCAAGCGGCGGGGGCCCCGGACCACCAUCAAGGCCAAGCAACUGGAGACGUUAAAGGCGGCGUUCGUGGCCACGCCGAAGCCCACGCGGCACAUCCGGGAGCAGCUCGCGCAGGAGACGGGGCUGAACAUGCGAGUCAUCCAGGUUUGGUUCCAGAACAGAAGAUCCAAAGAGCGGCGAAUGAAGCAGCUGAGCGCCCUGGGGGCCCGACGCCACGCCUUCUUCAGGGGCCCCAGGAGGAUGAGGCCCCUAGGAGGCAGGUUGGAGGACCCAGACAUUUUAGGACCUGGGCCCUACGGUUACUACGGAGGUAGGAAGGGAAAAACUCUUUAACUCAUUUUCACACACUUUUUAUUCGGCCUCAAGCAAACACGAUCCAUGUUCAGGUUGAACAUCUGUAUCAAGAACUUAACAUUAUCAGUGUGGGUAGAACGACAGGAAGACAUGAUAAAAUGGUUUGUUGUGCUGGUAUUGUGGAUGCAGUCCAAUGAAAGUGUUUUUGGAUAUCACACUACUUUCCAUUAGCUACUUGUUUUUGUGUUCAGAAAUGCAGCCAAGACCUUAAUUUGACUCAGGCACACACCAGUCAUUUUGUUGGUAUUUUUAGUAAAAAGAGACUUUUGUUAAUUUAUCUUAGUGCUUAUAAUUGAAUACCACCUAUUCAGUUUGAAUCAGAUACCCAGCUACCAAAUCAGAGUCAAAACCCUAGUAUUUUGGCUAAUUACCAAAACCACAAAUUUGAUCAGAACAUAUUUUAAAAAGUCCUUUUAUUUGGGAUAAAUGCCUAAAAAAUAUGCACCUGUGACCAUCAUUACGUAUAAAAGUACCAGUUUUCUUUGAUAAAAAGUAGCAAUAAACUACAUAUUGCCAAAGCUUUGCUUUCCAACAUUACUAACUUUCUGCUCUAAAUAUGAACAUGUCAUCAGCAAAGAAGUUAACCGAUGCAGGUGUGUGGGUAUUCAGACAGGUUUUUAUCCAAAUUAGAAAAGCUGUGGCUGAAAUAUCCAAUUUCUUAUGUUUGAAAAGACAAAGAAAAUAAAUGAAAUACAUCAAUAACUAGAAGCAAUAAGUGGUUUGUUUGAAAAAUCCAUGGCGACAGCUCCGUUUAAAAUGGUUCUGGGUUAUUUGAUAGGUAUGGAUGGCUGAAAAACACGUACAUUUGUUUUGCUAAAUCGCUGAUCCAGACAUUAGAACUUAAAAAGUACUUUUCACUAUUUAUGGGUUGCAUCACAUAAAAAAGUUUGUUUUUGUAGAUAAUCUUGGUUUCUGUGGGUGAUUUGGUACAGUAUGAUUCGAAUCGUCUCUUUUCUCCUCUUUUACGUCAGAGUUGAUUUUUGGAAUGGACAAAAGGCAAGAAUGCAUGAAAUGCGAACAAAUACCGUGGUGGCAACUAAAUGACACAACGUCCAUUAGAACCAAAGGUAAACGGGAAGGUAGCUUUUCAUUUCAG